AUUAUUAUAUGAAAAAUAAAAACAAACAAAAUCUUCUGAGAAAGAUUUAUCUCAUUAACCCAAUCGUUUCAAGCCGGGAAGAAGAGAAGACUAUUCAUUCGUGUCUCUCUUCAUUCAAUGUCGAAGAAGAAGAAGACACAGAGUUUAUCAAUGGAAGAUCACCGUGACGGCAAAGGCAAGAAGAGAGAUGAUUUUUUCGAUAGCAUUGACUACGAAAUUUCUUCUAUCUUAUUGCAACUUUCACAUCCUGUCAUAUUCUCUUCUGAUUCUCCUGUGUUACAUAAAUGGGGUCGCACUAAAAAGAGGUCUUCUUCUUCUUCUCACCUGCAUCCGCCGGAACCGGUGAUAAAAUCGCUGCCGUGUAUGGCUGAUGUCGGCGAUAUGGGAAGUAAUUCGAGUUCUUCGUGCUUAACCGGUGAGGCCAAGAAAACCAAUUCUCAAAUCAUUAAAAAGGGUUUAGAAGAAGAAUUUUGUAGGAAAAAUCAGAGUUCUUCAGUCCUCGAGGCGGAGACAGGUUUACUUAGGGAGCAAGCUGGUUUAAUAGCCCAGCCCAUAAGAUACGAUCAACAACUACCGUUUUUUGCGGUUGAUCGUACGGUCAAUGUGAGGGAUGUUGAAACGGCGUCGUUGCGAAUGGAUAACUUGGAACGACGUGGCUUUGAUCUGAACCUUCUUCCAGCAGCAGAGGAGGGUUUUCAGAGAGUGCCAAAUAAAGUCCAAGUAGCUGCUCAAGCAAGACAAAGAAGACUAGGUUUGAUUCGAUCUAAGAAGCUUUUUAAUAGAUUCAUCUCUUCUUAUCAAUUUAAGUAGUUUUUGAUAAACCUUUUUUUGGGGUGAUAAUUAUAUAGCAGAAAUAGCAGGAUUUUGUAACGAAUAUGCAACCAAGUUUCCAAUGUUUUGGUUGUCUAUACUAUAAACUGAAAGGAUUCUAAGAAUCGUUUUUUUGAAUACUAUGAAAUAAAAGGCUAAAGAGGGAGAUACGUGGAC